AUGCUGUCAACAGGAACUCCAGCAACAUUGCGCUGUGCUGGUCGCAUCGCAUCUAGCCGUCUUGGCCAUGCUCCCAGCACCAAACUCUCAAACUCAGCAUCAUUGCCACUCCGUCGACUCAGCACCGCGGUGGGGACGCCAGCGUAUCGAAGCAGACAUGUCGGUCGGAUCUCUCCGCUCUUGGCUGCUGGACCAUCCAACCCAAACACCAAGCGUCACUUUACGUCCGGACACCCACGAGCCUCUAAGCAACCGUUCCAAUUUCUCACAGCAUACGCUUUUCAAGGCAAGGCGCGCAGCUCGGAGGACUUGCCACAAGAAGGAGACGCGUCAUCUUCAGCUUCCACCAACGAACGUGACGGCACACCACCCGCAGCCACCAAACCACAGAUCGGAUUUCCCGCGAACAGCGAGAUCGGAAGAUGGAGGGAUGAGCUGCUUCGAGGCGGUGAAGCGGGUGAAGACUCGCUCAUGUGUACUUCGAUGGGCAUGGCGGGCGAUGUGGCUAUCGGCGUCGCCGAUGGCGUAGGCGGCUGGACCGAAAAUGGCAUCGACCCCUCGCUCUUCUCGCAGGCGCUCAUGUUCUACGCGUCCAGAUCAGCAUCACAGGCCUCGACGGAUCCGAGCACAGGCGGUGCACCGAAUCAGAUCCUCUCCGAAGCGUUCGAGCAUGUCCUCAAAGAGCCGCUCGUCGUAGCAGGUAGCGCAACAGCAUGCAUCCUCACCAUGAACUCUUCCGACGGCACGCUGCGCUCUGCCAAUCUCGGAGAUUCCGGCUUUGUCAUCCUCCGUCAAGGCACCGGCAAGCAGGGUGUUUUCCACGCCAGUCCACCACAACAGCUUGGUUUCAACACACCUCUCCAACUCGCCAAGCUUCCCAAAGAGUGGGCUCAGGAAGGCUCCAUCUCCAACACGCCCAAGGACGCCGCCACCUGGGAAUGCACUCUCCAGCACGGCGAUCUGAUCAUUGUUGGCACAGACGGCCUCUUUGACAACGUCGACGCCAAAAUCGAGAUUCCGCAAUUUGCCAAAUUCAUCAAGGAGAAGCACCACGCUUCGUACGCUGCUCGUCACGCAGCGGCCGGUGAGAAAGCGGCAGAGGGCAAGUUCGACAGCUUGGAAGAGGAUAGGGAGUUUGUCCAGGUGCUGGCGACCAAUCUGGUCGAGUAUGCAAAGAUCUGCCAGAGCUCGACGACGAAGCAAAGUCCAUUUGAGAGGGAAGCGGCGAGGUACGGCAUUCAUUUCCCUGGUGGAAAGGUGGACGAUGUCGCGUUGGUGUGCUGUCUGGUUAUUGAGCAUUAG